AUGCGUAGCAGCCGAGCGGCUGGGAUCUGGCCUGGCGGCGUGUCACCUCGUAGGGUGGGCAGCUACGAGCCCAUAGGCAUGGCAGACAAUUAUGGAAAAGGUAAGAGGAGCAGAAAGGGAGGAAAGAAGGGAGAGGACUAUGAUUCCGGCUACGGCAAGGGUUACGGGGCGCCCCGGAACAAUGGAAACAUGGGCGGACAGAGUGCAGGAGGAAAGCCUGCCAAGGACGCAGCACAGGUCCAUCACUACCCACCGAAGGAGAUGGCCGCAGACGUCGGUUAUCCGGUUCGGGGCGGGCAGACGCUUUUGAUCGCAUACUUUCCUUGGGAGGCUUCUGAGGCAGACAUCGAGAGAGAGUUUUCGAAGUUCUGCCGUGUGAAGCGAGUUCACUUGGUCGUUGACAAGUCUUCCCGGAAGCCUCGUUGCUUCGGCUUCGUGAAGUUCCUCAGCAAGGCUGACGCGGAAGAAGCUCUUAGGGCCACGACACAAGGACUGGUACAGCUGCCAGAUACUCGAGGUCAUGUAUGGCACCUCAAGGCUGAGUGGACGAAGUCUGGCGACAUGGUGGUAGACGACUCUGAAGCGGAGCAGGAGGUUGCAAAGAGGAAGGAAGAGAGGCGAAGCCGCACCGACACUGCAACCCCUGGAGCGGCGCCGCGCACCAACUCGGGCAAAGGAAGCGCACCGCCGCCCAAGGGAGCGCUUCAUCCCGGGGUGCCCGCGCCGCUGCCGCCGCUGCAGACCCGCUAUCCACCGCAGGCUGCGAUAGGCAUGCCACCGCCGCCGCCGGCUGCCCUUCACUGCAAAGCUGCUCAACCGGAAGGGUUGAGAGAAGUUGAAGGCAUGUCAGCUGACGGCCUGGCCUUGCCCAGGCCCGACAGUCCGAUGGAUGCACCCAGGAUAUCUUUGGGUGGACUUGCAGAAGCCCCUAGGAUGGGCGCAGUGACAGAGCCGGAGAAGGUGGCCAGAGUGGCCAGGAGACCGGAACACCAUCGGAUGGCGACUCCUCGCACGUCCUUGGGCUCCGCUGCAUCAUCUCCUCGGCGCGGUCGACGUCUGCUGCAGCGCCCCGAGAACCACGCCAUGGAGACGCCUCGGACAUCCAUAGGCUCUGGUCGCUUGUCCCUAGCUUCUCUGCGGGAGGUAAAUCAGAAAUUCACACGGCGGCAGAAGUUGGCCUGUGGACUGGUCAGCUUGAUGCUGCUCGCCGUUGUGGGUGGAGUUCUGGCCUUUGUCUUGCUCAGAAAAGAUUCAGUUGGCCCCGCUGCAGGCAUACCGCAAGGAAACUGCUCAGCUGUUCAGGUCGAACAGGGCUGUGCACCGGGCUUCUGUGCCGGUGGCCGGUGUGCCUGUGCUCCGAAUUAUGAUCAGAUGGAUAAAUCACAUUGUGCAGUUCCCCUAGCGAACAAGCGCAUGCAGUUCUUCGUGUACAAAGUGGUUGAGGAUUCAGCGAAUGCUGAUGGCUGCUCAGCCGAUUUUGCGCAGGCCUACAGCCUUCAGGGCGUUCUUUGGUACAUUCACAAUGUCGUGGUGAACCAGUCCUGUCCCCGCAGCGGGAAUCUCUCGCGCAUUUUACGCUGCAGAGCGACGGUGUUCAACACGGAGCAACCGUUCCUCGAGUGGAAAGGGCAGUUUGGUCCGUUUACAACAUUUGAUAGUUCUGGCAGCUGCACCAGCCCCGACUGCCUGCAGACUUGGAGGAAGUUUGGCCGCGUCGUUGGUUGUCUUCCAUGGUCAGGCUACAUGGGUGGCUAUAGCUAUGGCAACUCGACACACCUCUACUCAUUCCCGGACGAAGGCAAGAGUGUACCCUGGAGCUGUGCAGAACCAGACGGAUCCAAGAACUGCACUUGGAAAAUGGAAGAAGCUGGGGAGGUGCGGCUGGACGACUUGGAGAAUAUUUCAGAUUACAAGGCUUUUUGCACAAAGGGUGGAGCGGAAUACAUCAAGAGCAAGGAUACAGGCCGUGGCUGUUCUUUCUGGGACCACCAGAACAGCAGUGUGGCGAAUACGCAUCGUCUGGCUCGUUUGCAACAGCUCUUUGAAGCCUCAGAGCAUCCCGAGCAGCAGCAGCGUUCUCUGGCGCAUUCACAUGCAGUUCCUCCUCUGCAACAGCCUCUGCCACACCAGGGGCAGCUCUAUGGCCAGCACAUGUAUGGCAGCCAGGGGCAACAGUUAUACGGCAACCAGGCGUCCAUCUACGGAGGAGGGGUGCCCGUGGCGCCGUUGGGUCGCGAUCCAGCAGUUGGUGGCGCCUUAGAUGCCACGUCAGCGCCGCCGCUUCUUCGCGACAUCAACAGCUACGCGCAUGCGUCUGCUGCGGCUCAGCAGGCCGCCUAUCCGGGCUCCAGCUAUGCAGCUGCCGUGGCGGCUGCUGCAGCCCACGCGCCAGGAUACCCGCCGGCUCAGUCACAGAGCUAUGUGGGCCAGCCCUAUGCUGGCAGCCAGCAGCCCUACGUCUCCCAGCAGGCUUACGCAGGAACUGGUCAAUACUCUGCAGCAGGACAGCAGGCCGCGUAUGCAGCAGGGCAGCAGGCAUAUCAAACCGCUGCUGCUACUGCCAGCAGUGCAGUGUAUCCAUCAGCCGGAGGGGCGUAUCCACCGCAGGCACAGUCUGGUUACGGAGCUCCGCCCGGAUAUGGAGCAGCUGCACAGUACGGCCAGCAGCCAGCAUCUUAUCCUGCCAACCCGGCCACUGCCUAUGCUGCAGCUGGGUAUGGGCUGGGACAAAGUCCGUACAACUACCUGCAGCAGCCUGCUGCCGGAUCCGGGGUGGUGGCUUAUGGAAGCUACCAGGGUGCGCAGAGCCAGGCACCAGCGACUCCGAAGGAUUGCCCAGUGCCUUUUCACAACCUGUUGUGGGCACAGGUUGCACAAGCACAGCCGCAGCCUCAAGCGCAAUUGCAGCCCUACACCCAGCCGCAGGCGCGUCACUGGGUCGAGAGUCGAGAGGUGUCAAGCGAUCAUCCAUAUGUCGAGCCAUAA